AUAAUAGGAAUGAGACGUGAAUAUUUAAUACUUUCAAAACAAGUUUAUUCUCAUAUGAAUUUGUUAAAAACAUUAGGAAUUCAAAAUCUACUUAAAUAUUUUGAUUAAUGGUAUAACUUGUAACACUUAGAGUUUCUUCAAACUCUAAAAACUUGUCUUAUCUUUUAAUUUUCAGUUCUCCGUAUAUGUGCAGUAUCUUGCUACAUCCAAUACAAAUCAUGAGGAUGUGUCCCAUUUUCUGAAUUUUUUGAUGAUGUUGUCUUUAAAAUUGAUAAUAGGGUAUGAUUAGAGCGUCAGAAGAAUACGUGGUCGAAACUAGAACGUGAGAAGUACAUGGGCCAGUUUGAGCAACGAAAGAUUCUGCCUCGAUAACGAGGCAACGAGCGUUUUGAUGAUACGUUCCAUGUGACUUGGUAAAAUAAACAUCUCAGAGUGAAGACGUGCUUUACCACAAAAUCACAUCUCCCUACUCAAGCGACGUUGACCAUUGACAAAUCAAGUAAUCUUAAUUAUUACUUUGUUAACUGGAAUAAGAUUUUACGAUCUUCUACAAAAUUGAACUCCUUCGGUUAAAUAAUAUAGGUAGUUUUAAAGCACAAAAAUGAAAAAAAAAAAAUAUAUCAUCUACACAAAUUUUCACAAAUUAAAAAUUAAGAUAUAUAAUCGUAUAUGGUAGAAAAUCUAUCUAAUAAAUUAUUCUUUUAUCAUCGAAAACUUAACAUAUCACGUACUGUUGUUUGACAAAACACAAAACAUACCACAUAUUCGUUUCUUUAACUUUUAAAGCGAUGGACAUAUUGUGUACCUUUGACUUUUGUGUCCUAAGCAUAAAUUUCAUUUUGUCAUCAAUGCAUUAUUUAGAUUGAAGCUAGUCCUCAUACUAAGCCCAUAAUGAUAAUAAUUAUAGUACUAAUAUAGUUACUACAUAAUAUAAUUUCUAUAAAUAAGUAUAUGAUUGUGGUUAGAAGAAAACGCCACGAACUGACGAUGAAAAACACUAUAGCUCCGGCUGUGCUCUUGAUGUUUAGCUUCCUUUUAACAUAUCUUCUCCUUGCCGCCGUUACAUCACGACGGAGGUCAUCAGCCCCACUGCGUCUGGUACCUUCAAGACCUCCCGGACCGCCGAGAUGUCUGGGAUGGCCGAUCAUCGGACUUCUUCAUAUAAUCGGAAAAGCUCCUCACCUUUCACUUGCCACUCUCUCAAGAGUUUAUGGACCAAUCAUGAGUCUUAGACUUGGAAGUUUGACCACAGUGGUCAUUUCUUCACCAGAGGCAGCACGAGAGGUUUUGAGAACACUCGACCAUGUCUUCUCUGCACAAGCCUUCAGCGAGACCGUUAGAACCAUUGGUCACCAGGAAGAUGUCUCCACUCCACGGCUACCUUCCAUGUCGCCCCAUUGGAGGUUAUGGAGGAAUAUAUUGGAGACUAAGUUGUUCUCAAGGAAGUGUCUCGACGCCACGAAAACCAUACGGUCAAAGAAAGUGAAAGAGCUUAUAACAUUCAUCGUGGAAAGCUGCGAAAGAGGAGAAGCUGUGGAGAUAGCUCGUGCUUGCUUCGUUACAUCGCUUAAUGUUAUCUCAAACGUUGUAUUUUCGACCGACUUAGGUAGUUACGACCAGAUGGCCUCAAUGGAACUCCGGGACUCGUUGUUUGGUGUAAUGAAAAUCAUGGGGAAACCGAACCUCGCCAACUAUUUUCCGUCUAUUGAACAUCUUGAUCUACAAGGUAUCAGGGAAGAGAUGAAGUUAUGUUCGGAGAGAUUGUUUAGUGUUUUCCAGGGGCUCAUCGAUGCUCGGGUUGCAGAAAGAUCAUCGCGGACUGAACCUAGAGAUGCUUAUAGCAGCGAUCGCGAUCUGUUGGAUUCACUUAUCGAUCUUAAUCAAGAGGACGGAUCGGAAGUCGACAUGAACGAUAUCAAACACUUUCUAUACGACUUGUUUAUUGCGGGGACGGAAACGAACUCUACAACAGUGGAAUGGGCAAUGGUUGAGCUAUUACGUGACCCAGAGGCUAUGGCUAACGCUAAAGUCGAGAUUAACUUUAUCGUUGGCCCAAACCGGUACGUUCGUGACUCUGAUCUCCUACAGUUUCCUUACUUACAAGCUGUUGUAACAGAGACUCUGCGCUUGCACCCACCGAAUCCAUUUCUGAUCCCACGCAAAGCUGAGUCAGACAUAGAGGUUUUAGGGUUUCUCGUGCCUGAGAAUGCUCAGAUUCUGGUGAACGCUUGGGCUAUAGGAAGAGACCCAAGCGUUUGGGAAGACACGGGACGGUUCAAGCCAGAAAGGUUCUUGGGACGAGAGCUUGGGUCGAUAGGCAAAGAUUUUGAGAUGGUACCGUUUGGAGCUGGACGAAGAAUGUGCCCUGGAAUAUCAUUGGCGUUGAGGCUUGUGCCUCACAUGCUUGCUUCACUUAUCUAUUCAUUUGAGUGGAGUAUUGAAAACGGAAAAGACUACGCUGCUCCUGCGGAUUUGGACAUGAAUGAGACUCUUGGUCUUACCUUGCACAAGGCCAGCCCACUUUAUUCUGACUUUGUCAAGAAAAACUACGAAUAUUUUUAUUAAUUUUCGUAAUUUUAUUUUUCAGUUGUUGAUCAGUGGUUUCAGAACUGAGACCGGACCUGCUAGAUUAAUAAAUAUUUUUCGAGUUUA